UCGCAUCCGGAGUCAGCGGGCAUUUUCUGUAUUUCCAAGACGGGAACUUGAAAUCUGCUGCCGUCUGAUUCGCGAACUCGACAACCAGUAAUGAGUCGGGGACAAAUGAUACGUCAUUCGCGGAACUCAUGUCUCCUAGAAUGAGAUAACUUCUAUCUUGUGCAAGUCGCAGCACCAGACACGGCCCAGACGCGACAGCACUCUUAAUAACGACUAACCGCGCUCACCGAGCACUCGUGGGUCAGCCGUAUUGUGGAUUCUGGAGGUGGCGCACCCUGGGCUUACGGCGGUGGUUGUAUUGUGUCAGAGCAAGUCGGACUCACGGAGAGAAUUCUGGAUGCAGUACACGUAUGCUCAAAAUGAAAACAGGUAUUUACGAGGUAAGGACUCUCUGAAGCAGGUACUCUUAUCCCCGUGUGAUGGAAGAAAAAAGUGUUCAGGUCAGCGAGUUGAAAGAAAGCAGACAAGAAGACUCACUGGCAAAGCCAUCUGAUGAUCACGCCAAACCCAGUGAACAGCAUGAAGCGGUCACCACCUUACACGAUGGCACCAGAAUUUCCAAACCUUCGCGAGUGAUGCAAGCGCUGCCGAACCCUGGCGUCUCGAAAGACGACGAGGAGUACUUCAUGCGCAAUACUAAGCGUGGUUUGGCUCUCGUCUUCAACCAUUAUGAGUUCGAAGUCCGUGAGUACAAAGACGGCGAGUUGUACAGGCCGCCGAGAAGAGAAGGAACCAGCCGAGACAGAGACGAAGUCUUGAAGACUUUUAGCAAACUCGGCUUCAAAGUCAUACCUCUCGACGAUAAGCGUUGCAAGGAAAUAAUGGAAAUACUGGCAAAAGUGGCUCAACAGGACCACAGCGAGCACGACUGCCUGGCGGUGAUCGUGCUGACGCACGGCGAGCGCGGCGGCAGGCUGGAUGCGAAGGACUGGGAGUACGACGCCAGGACGCUGUGGGAGCCCUUCAUAGCCACCAGCUGUCCCACUCUCGCUGGCAAGCCCAAGCUCUUCUUCAUUCAGGCGUGCAAAGGUCGAACCAGGGACUCUGGCGCCAUUGUCCGAAAUUCCAUCGGUGACGCAACAGAUACUGCUGCAUUUAUCCCAGCCAGCUUCCAGGUGCCAUCGUUCGCUGACUUCCUCAUCGCCUACUCCACAUUCGAAGGUCUGUACUCCUUCCGCCAUCCCACUAAAGGCUCGUGGUUCAUCCAGACGCUGUGUACUCAGCUGGGAAAGCACGCGGGCGACAAGGACGUUGUGUCGCUGCUAACCGACGUGAACCGCAUCGUGGGCCAGGAGUUCCGCUCCAGCGACCCGUCCGAGCCGUGUAUGGACGGCUUGGUGCAGGGCCCCUGCUUCAUCUCCUCCCUCACGCGCCGGGUACACCUGUGGCCGCCUGUUGCAGCUGCCCCGGACGCCUUGCCUAAUGUGGAAUAACUCCAACUUCCAUCUUUUCUUUCAUCUGAUUUUCUUGGAACUAAGUCUUUAACUUAAAUAAAACCUUCUGAUUA